UUUAUUACUCUGCUUCCUCUGCUUGUGAGUUUCCCUUUGGUAAAGUAAUUGCAGAUGGCACUCCCCCCACCCUAUGAUCCCAAUUUCAAAUUGGCAUUCUCUCUCGGCAGUAUCGCAGAGAUUGAGAAUCACCAAGAUCACGAUGAAUCUGCUUCUGCUGCUGUCGUAGCGGUUGAUCUGAUAAGCUCUGCACGGUUUGCACUUAAGCUGGAUAGUGUCUAUACUGAGUACUCGGCUAAGUAUUUGGUGGACAAUGCUGGUGGCUCACACAGGGGGCGCAAGCUCACUGUCAAAGACUGUCUUGAGUUUGCGUUAAACAAAGGCGGCAUACCGAAAGCAGAAGAUUGGCCACGCUUGGGAUCUGUGAUAACGCCCCCAUCAUCAUAUAAACCUGAUCUCGUUUCGAUGAAAGGACAAGUGAUUGAGCCUAAGACUAUGGAGGAAGCAUGUGACUUGUUGGUGCAUCAACCAGUAGGAGCAAAACUGCAUGUGUUCAUGCCACACAUUGAACUUCAACAAGACGGAAUUUACUGUGGCACGUCAGGUGAGCCAGCUAGCUAUGUCGGACUUAGAGAUGCGAUCAUAAUUGGAGCCGAGAAUAUCCAAGGGAAGUCCAUUGCAACAGUGAAGGUAUGGUACAAGAAGAAGUUCAUAUUUCUCAAAGUGGCUAUGAGCAGGUGGUUUCAGUUAUACUCUCCGGAUGACACACAGAAGGGCAUAGAGCCAACCCAUUAUCUUGUUGACUUUUGUGUCCCACGCCUAUCCAUCAAUUAAGCAAGAAGAUGUUUUUAUCUUCUUAAUAAGUAUCUAUCUAGAGAACAAUAUGCUACUAGUGGAAGACUUUGUUUAAGAAUAAUGUUUCAGGAGACUUUUUAAGAUAUGUAAUAAGUUAAAGAAGUUGAU